CCUGCACUCGAGGGUUUCCCCGCCCCCUCUUAAUGAGCUGCUCUGCCAGCAGCUGCGUCAAUCAGCUGUCAAGAAGCGUCAAGGAGUUGAAAAGCUGCCAGGAAUUCAGUUAGCCUUGACUGCCUGACAAGAAAAAUGGAGAAAGUUUGUCCCCCCAAAGAUAUGGACAGUUUUGAAGUUUUUUCACCAUCGGAGCUGGACAGCAAGUUCUUCGGGGACCAGCUGUCGACAUCGAGAGUGUCCGCUGAUGGAUCUGACUCCAAACCCUACAACGUGGCCUUUCUCUGCACGUCUUCAGACCUGGCUUCUCCGACUCCGGGACAGUGCCCCAACGACUCCAACGUCCAAGCUAAGAAGUCUCAAUUGCUGGUACCGCCGCAGUGCAAGUCCUCUACUCCCUACUUGCUCCUCCAAAAGCAGGAAAAGGAUGCUUAUUUUGACCAGUCGUACAAUGACCUCACCGCCUCGCAGAUGUCCUGGGACCAGUCUUUGAUCAAGCCUGCGAGCAACAGUCCAAAGCUCUGCAUGGAGUUGAGCGCUCUGGAGAACGUUGAGGGUCUGAAUGUGUAGAUGAGACAAAUUUUGUGUUUCUUGGUGGAUUUUAACCAACCAGUUGUCUUUAACAAAUGACCUAAUAAAUGCUGUAGUAUUUA